ACUCCUUUCUGUGAGGUUCGGUGUGUUCGGAGGCAUGACUUUGAAAAACUAAACUCGGUGUUUUGUGUUGUGGUGUUGUAUGACCACAUGUGAUUAUCCAAAUGUAUGGUAUCUAACGAAAUGUUACUCUCUCGCAAGAUGCACGUGCACUCGGGGAUACUCUUGUGGACGCUGUGUCUCCUUACAUCCUCUCAUGGUUUUUUAUCGUGCUCCCCGAACCCGUGCAAAAACAGUGGUACUUGCGUCUCCAACUCCGGAGCCGAGUCCUCGUGCGAGUGCACGGACGAGUAUGUGGGCGAGUAUUGCCAGUACCUGAACCCGUGUCGGAAUGGCCCGGGCCCGCGCUGCCAGAACGGCGGCACCUGCAACGUGAUCCUCUCCAUUUCCGGCCCCAAAUUCAACUGCAGCUGUCCAGUGGGUUAUCAGGCCUCUCUGUGUGAGAUCGCUGUAGCCAACGCCUGCGACUCAGACCCUUGUAUGAAUGGUGCCACCUGCCAGCUGCUUACCCUCGACACCUACCGAUGUCAGUGUCCUUCUGGGUACCGCGGCGAUCAGUGUCAGAAGGUGGAUUACUGUGCCUCCAAGCCCUGUCGCAACGGUGCUACCUGUCACUCCCCGGGAAACACCUUUACUUGUACCUGCCCACCGGGCUUCACCGGUACCACCUGUACUUCAGAUGUUAACGAAUGCCUUUCCCGUCCCUGCAGACAUGGCACCUGCAGCAAUACCUUUGGGUCGUACACAUGCACAUGUGAGGUGGGGUACACGGGCGUCAACUGUGAGAGUCGCUACGUGCCAUGCAAGCCCUCGCCCUGCAACAACGGUGGCACCUGCAAUGCCAUGGACUCCCUCUCCUACGAGUGUCGAUGUCCCGAAGGGUUCACAGGACGAAACUGUGAAGUGAAUAUUGAUGAUUGUCACAACAACAUAUGUCAGAACGGUGCCACUUGUGUGGACCGAGUGAACACAUAUACUUGUGACUGUCCAUCCACCUUCACUGGCCCUUACUGCACGGAGGAUGUGGACGAGUGUGCCAUGAGACCAACUAUCUGUAAGAAUGGAGCGACAUGCACAAACACCCAGGGUGGGUUCUCAUGCAUCUGUGUUAAUGGUUGGACAGGGGAUGAUUGCUCUGAGAACAUUGACGACUGCACAGGUGCUGCCUGCUUCAAUGGUGCCACCUGUAUAGACCGUGUUGGCUCCUUCCUCUGUCAGUGCACUCCAGGGAAGACUGGACUGCUAUGCCAUCUUGACGAUGCAUGUGCCAGCAACCCUUGCCACCCAGGCUCUAUGUGCGACACGUCACCCAUCGAUGGUGGCUACAUUUGCACUUGCCCACCUGGUUACAAGGGCAUUGACUGCACACAGGAUAUAGAUGAGUGUCAGGAGGGCCUCCCCUGUGAACACAAUGGCACCUGUGUCAACACACCUGGAUCCUUCAGGUGUGAUUGCUCCAAGGGAUUCACUGGUCCAAGGUGUGAGAUCAACAUCAACGAAUGUGAGAGUAAUCCAUGUCAUAACCAGGGCACUUGUCUGGAUGAGCGUGGCGCCUUCCGUUGUGUGUGCAUGCCAGGAUAUACUGGGCAGCACUGUGAAGAAGAUGUCGAUGAGUGUGCCUCACACCCAUGCCACAAUAAUGGAAUAUGCAGUGACCUCAUAAAUGAAUAUCGAUGCAGCUGUACACAGGGUUUCACUGGACGACAGUGCCACAUCAACAUUGAUGAUUGUGCAUCCGAGCCAUGUCAUCAUGGUGGUACAUGUGUGGACCGUGUGGCUGGAUACAACUGUCGCUGUAGUCCUGGAUUUACCGGGACGAACUGUGAGACUAACAUUGAUGAUUGCCUCUCAUCACCUUGUCGCCAUGGGUCUUGUGUUGAUGGAGAUAACUCCUUCACCUGUAUGUGUCAUCCCGGUUACACUGGUUUACUUUGUCAGACAGAAAUUGACGAGUGUAUGUCAACUCCAUGCCAACAUGGAGGCGCCUGUAAGAAUCUCAUCAAUAGUUACAAGUGCAUUUGCCCCAAUGGCACUGCUGGUGGUAACUGUGAAUACAAUAUUAACGAAUGUUUUAGUAAUCCAUGUCGCCAUGGUGCCAAGUGCAAAGAUGGUAUCAACGAAUACAGAUGUGAGUGUGAACCAGGAUUCACUGGAAGAUUCUGUGAGACUAAUAUUGAUGACUGUUUGUCUCAACCCUGUGCCAAUGGUGGUGUUUGUAUAGAUCAAGUGGAUGGUUUUCGCUGUCAGUGCCCUUCUGGUUACUAUGAUGCCCGAUGCCUUUCAAAUGUAAAUGAAUGUGCCAGUGACCCCUGUCUGAAUGGUGGUUCCUGUUAUGAUGAUGUCAACAGAUUCAAUUGUAAAUGCCCUCCAGGAUAUACUGGCCACCGUUGUGAACAUGAGAUUGAUGAAUGUCAGUCUAAUCCAUGCCAACAUGGCGGCACUUGUCAUGAUGCCCUUAAUGCUUAUACAUGCUUAUGUCCUCCUGGUUACUCUGGUCGCAACUGUGAAUCAAAUAUUGAUGACUGCCGAAGUCGACCUUGCAGGAAUGGUGGCUCUUGUAUUGAUUUAGUCAAUUCUUACAAGUGUGUAUGUGAGCUUCCUCACACUGGACAGAACUGUGAAGUUCGAAUGGAUCCUUGCUCACCUAACAAGUGUCGACAUGAUGCCCGUUGUACACCAACAGCAAAUUUUCUGGAUUUUACUUGUGAGUGCGAAUUAGGCUACACAGGCCGUCUCUGUGAUGAGGAUAUAAAUGAGUGCAAUGUAUCACCUUCACCAUGCAAAAAUGGUGCUACUUGCCAAAAUACAAAUGGAUCAUAUUCAUGUCAGUGUUCUGUUGGGUAUGAAGGCCGUCAGUGUACCAUUAACACAAAUGACUGUGCAUUACAACCAUGUCUUAAUGGUGGAACUUGUCUUGAUGAAAUUGGAAAAUAUACUUGUUUAUGUGUUGAUGGUUUUGGAGGAACCAACUGUCAACAUGAUCUGAACGAAUGUGAUUCAAACCCGUGCCAAAAUGGAGCUACUUGCAAUGACUAUGUAAAUUCUUAUACAUGCAGUUGCCCUUUAGGAUUUUCAGGAACAAACUGUGGAAUUAAUGAUGAAGACUGCACUGAAACAUCUUGUAUGAACAAUGGCACCUGUAUUGAUAGUAUAAACAACUACACCUGUGAGUGUCUUUCAGGAUUUACUGGUUCUCAUUGUCAACACCGCAUAAAUGAAUGUCACUCAAAUCCAUGCAAAAAUGGUGGUACUUGUAAUGAUCAUGUAGGAUUCUCUACUUGUCAUUGUCUUUAUGGCUACACAGGACAGCGAUGUGAGCGUAUAGUUGACUGGUGUUCUGCUUCACCCUGUUUUAAUAAUGGUGUAUGCAAGCAGACAGAGAAUCGGUAUAAGUGUGAAUGUCCACGUGGGUGGACAGGUUUGUUGUGCGAUGUGGAGAUGGUGUCUUGUGCAACAGCGGCUGCCAGUAAAGGUGUCAUUCCUUCGAAACUUUGUCUUCACAAUGGUAAAUGUCAAGACAUUGGCAAUACCCAUCGAUGUGAAUGUGAUGUUGGCUAUACAGGUUCCUAUUGCCAGCAUGAGAUUAAAGAAUGUGACUCCCAACCAUGUAUGAAUGGUGCAACUUGCAAUGAUCACAUAGGUACUUAUUCCUGUUCGUGCCGCCCAGGUUUUCAAGGUCCAAACUGUGAAUAUAAUGUUGAUGACUGUAAACCAAACAACCCCUGUCAAAAUGGAGGUGUGUGCCAUGAUCAGGUGAAUGGAUUUCAGUGCUCCUGCCCACAUGGUACUCUUGGUAAACUGUGUGAGAUUAACACCUAUGACUGUUAUGAAGGUGCUUGCCAUAAUGAUGGAGAAUGCAUAGAUAAAGUAGGUGGGUUUGAAUGUCGCUGCAAACCUGGUUAUGUAGGUGCAAGAUGUGAAGGGGAUGUAAAUGAGUGUCUGUCUUUCCCAUGUGUGAAAGAAGGUACUGCAGAUUGUGUUCAACUUGUAAAUAACUAUCGAUGCAAUUGCUGGCCAGGAUUUAUGGGACGUCAUUGUGAAAGCAAAAGAGAUUUCUGUGCUGAAUCACCUUGUCAAAAUGGUGGAGUAUGCAGCAAUACUGAUGGAGACUAUUCUUGUCAUUGUCCAGAAGGUUUCACUGGCAAAUCUUGUGAGUUUCCAAGUGACAACUGUGCUUCAAAUCCCUGUGGUCCAGGUGAAACAUGCAGGCCAUAUGAACGAGGAAUUGAAUGUGUACCAAAACGUCUUCAGUCUUCCUAUUGUACUCCAAAUCCUUGUACACAUAAUGGUAGAUGCCUUGAUAAUAUAUCUUAUUAUGAAUGCCAUUGUCCACCACUUUGGAAUGGGAAAAGAUGUGAAGUGAAGGAUCAUAACUUUAAAGGUGGAAUUGGAAGAGCAACUGAAGCUGGUAGUAAUAUUACUCUUGAACGAGAGAAGUGUGAACUCUAUCGCUGCCAUGAAAAGAAAAAUAACAUGCGAUGUGACCCAGAAUGUAGUAGUAUUGCUUGUGACUAUGAUGGAUAUGAAUGCUCUUUGGGCCGUAAUCCUUGGGCCUUUUGUCAAGCUGAUAUUGACUGUUGGCAUGUUUUUGGUGAUGGGGUAUGUAACACACAGUGCAACAAUGCUGGGUGCCUCUUUGAUGGUCUGGAUUGCCAGAAUCCUGUGGGAACAUGUAAUCCUAUUUAUGAUGCCUAUUGUGCAACAAAUUAUGAGAAUGGCCAUUGUGAUCAAGGUUGUAAUAAUGCAGAAUGUGGAUGGGAUGGACUUGAUUGUGAAAUGAAACCACCUUCAUUAAUGUCAGAGGGACUCCAGAUAGUUUUCAACACUAAUGAGGCUGAUUUUCGAGCCAACAAGAAGACGUUUGUAAGGAAACUAAGUAGCUCCUUGAGAAUGCAUCUAGUUAUCAAACGUGAUCAGUCGGGUGAAGAAAUGAUCUACCCCUUCGACAGAGAUGGUAUUCAGGGUCUCUUGGUGUACUUUGAAAUUGAUAAACGUCGAUGUACAAUAGAAGACCAGUGCUUUGACAGUGUUACAGAUAUAGCAAAUUUUUUGGCUGCAAACAAGCUUCGUUUAGGAAGUGAUGUUGGAAUUCCAAUAACUGGAGUCAUUGUAGAGCCUCAUCCGAACCCUCCACCUGGAUACACUUAUGUUAUUGUUGGUAUUGUAUUUACCAUGGUAUUAGUUGGGAUCAUCUUCAUGGUAGUUACAAACAAUCGAAAGCGGUCGCGAGGUAUCACCUGGUUUCCAGAGGGUUUCUUCCCUAAAUAUAACACAAAUUCUAGUGCAAGUGCUGAUCCUACAAGAAGAAAGCCAGAUGGCCAAGAGAUGCAUAGUUUCAAUAAGGGUGCAUCUGUUCAUCAUCUAACUGACAUUGGUGAUACUGAUGGUAUGAGUAGGGGUUUGCCCAUGCCAGGUCCAUUAGGUGAUUGGUCUGAUGAUGACAGUGAGCACCCACCUAGUAAACGUUCACGACAUGAAGCUGGUUAUUCUGACCAAACUCAUCUCACUGACUAUGAUGAUGCUAAUGAUCCUAGAGUCUGGACUCAACAACAUCUUGAUGCUGCAGAUAUAAAGAAUCCUGAUCUGUUAGCAUUAACCCCACCUCAAGUAGAACCUGAAGAACAGCGUGGUAUUGCUGGAGAAGUGGACCCUAAAGGACCCAUGGGUCUUACUCCACUAAUGAUUGCAUCAUUCCGAGGUGGUGGUUUGGAGAGCCAUACUGACGAAGAUGAUAAAGAUGGAUCAGCAGCAGUCAUUCAAGAACUCAUUGAGCAAGGGGCCAAGCUAAAUGCCAAGAUGGAUCGCACAGGAGAGACCUCACUACACCUUGCUGCCAGGUAUGCAAGGGCAGAUGCUGCCAAGCGACUGUUAGAUGCUAAAGCUGAUGCUAAUGCUCAGGAUGCAACUGGUCGCUCACCACUACAUGCUGCAGUUGCUGCUGAUGCACAAGGUGUUUUCCAGAUCUUGUUGCGGAACCGAUCAACAGACUUGAAUGCCAAAACAAAUGAUGGGACAACCCCUCUAAUUCUUGCGGCGCGACUUGCUAUUGAAGGGAUGGUAGAAGACCUCAUAAAUGCCGAUGCUGACAUAAAUGCUGCUGAUGAUUCAGGCAAAACAGCUCUGCAUUGGGCUGCUUCUGUUAACAAUGUAGAAGCUGUACAAAUACUUCUCACUCAUGGUGCCAACCGUGAUGCACAGAACAACAGGGAUGAAACAGCAUUGUUCCUUGCUGCUAGAGAGGGAAGUUUUGAAGCCUGUAAAGUACUUUUGGACCACUUUGCCAAUAGAGAUAUAACUGAUAACAUGGAGAGACUUCCAGAAGAUGUUGCUAAUGAGAGACUCCACCAUGAUAUAGUACGACCCUGUGAACAUCAUCCUCGUUCCCCCCAAAUGGCACAAGUGGUUACUACUUCUCAUUUGGUAGCACAUCAGCACAACCAACAACCUCAAAAUACUAUACUGUCCCAGCAGAUGACCCCACAACCUGCUCAGAGGACUAACACUCAGCCAAAAGCUAAGGCUAGAAGGCCUUCAUCAGUUAUGUCCCUUCCAGGGGGAUCAAUAAAUACUCCAGUAAGUCCUGAUGGCACUUCAUCCAUUAAACGCAGUGCCAGUGUCAAGAAGAAACGUGAAGCUAAUGGGGUGCCCAGUGUAGAGUCCCAGACACAGUCAUCACCUCUCAACUCCUUAGGAUCACCACAUGGAGUGUUGGCUGCUACAAGCCCAUUUGAGACAGGUUUGUUUACUGGUGGCAUGAGUGGCCUCAAUCCACACUUUACAGAAGUGGGAGUAACACAGCCUCCUCCAUAUGAAGACUGUGUAAAGGCAGCAGUUUCAAUGAGUAACCUUCCACAAAUGGGUGAUCAUGAUAAUAAUCCUUUCAGCUACUCAAACAUGAUGGGAAAUCAUCAACAUCAGCACCCACAGGGUCAUGUGAUUCACCAGAGGCAGCAGUCUAUGCCAGCUUCUUUCUCCCCACAGAGUCAAACUAUGUCUCCACCACACCACAUGACUCCACCAAAUUCAUCUCCACAGCAUGUACAGUCACCACAUACAUCAGGUCUUGUAACUUCUCCUGGUAAGAUGCGACCUGCCUUACCCACUUCACCAACACACAUGGCUGCAUUACGGCAUGCUACAGCUACAUCAGGAUUUGAAUUCCCCUCCGGAAGUGCUGCUAGCUAUACUCUUCAAGGUCAGCAACAACAGCAGCAGCAGCAGCAGCAGCAGCAGCAACAACAACAGCAACAACAACAACAACAGCAACAACAACAACAACAGCAGCAGCAGCAGCAACAGCAGCAACAACAACAGCAGCAGCAGCAACCACAUCAAGGGAGUAGUGGGUUCUAUCCACAUUACCCAACCCCACCAUCACAACACUCAGGAGUUGAGGCAACACCACAGCAUAGUGUUGCACCAACUACUCAUGAUGCAUUUCCUACACCAUCCCCAGAAUCGCCAGGGCAAUGGUCAUCUGCAUCACCUAGAAGCCAGAGUGAUUGGUCUGAGGGAGUGAGGUCCCCCUUGGGCCCUCCAGGGAUACCCCCUCAUCAUCAAAUUUUCCCAGUGGGUCAGCAACAACAACAGCAACAGCAAGGUCCCCCACAACCUCUGGGACUACCUUCACAGGGCUCAAUCUACAUCUAGAUCCUGAAUCUAUUUUGUGCCAAUAGUUCUCCAGUGUACAGUGCUGCGUGUACCAUACCUGCCUGGACUAAUUUUGCCCUGCUGUGUACAUACCGCGUUAAUAACUACCCCGAUGUACUUAGCGUGCAAAUGAGUACAAUCAACUUUAUGGACCGUGUAUUUUCGGCCUAGUGAAAUACGCGGGACCGUUUUGUGUACAGUGUUCAAGUGGAACAGUUUGCAAUAUAGUUGUAGUGGUGAGGUAAGGAGGAGUGUCUUUCAUGGGUCGCUCUGUGAUAGCUGUGCUCACUUAUAAGCAUCCUGAGCACAAAACGCAUUUAAAUUAAUAUGGCUGUAUGAAUUACAGUUUGCAUUCAUUUAACUUGUUCAUUUUUUGGCAUUAUGAAAAUUUGAUAUUAUGAAGUUAAUUAUUAGGGAGAGCGCUUGCGCACAUAACUUAUCACGGUGGCUCUUAUCAGUUUAGACAAUGUUCAUUAUCCGUGACCACGUUAAAUGUGAUACGUUGUUUAGUAUGUGAAUUUUAUGACCAUGUCUUCGUUUAAUUUGUUUAUAAUAUUAAUGCUAUGUCAGUAGUAGCAUAGAAACUUUGCAACCCGAUCUCUUUAGGAUAUUUUAAAUUAUAUUUUUAUGUCUUUAUCUAUGUGAACAAAAGAUUUGAUCAAUUUUAAAAUUUCAGUUUAUAUAUUAUAUUAUCUUCCUUCAUAUAAGACAUGAACAAAUGUAAACCAACUUAAGGUGCUUUGUUUUAGAAAAGUACCUGUUGUAAAUUACUACUCACUACUUUUUUUUUGUAUUUGUAAGCAUUUGUUAUAAUGAAUGUUUGUUUGAUACAGGGUGUGGGUGUUCCAUGACCAAAGUGAC